AAUGUUGGUCAUUUUUUUGCUUCGUAAAUCUCUUAAGAAAAUUAUUCUCCGCUAUCCAUUCUCGUUUCUUUCGUCUUCUAUUAUAUUUAGUGAAUCGAGAUUAUCAUGAUAGUUCGAGUGAUAUUGUACGCCUCUACUUUUAUGUUGGCCACACGACACGGACGUCCAUUGGGCGUCCGAGGGACGCCCCGAGCUCUCCGGUUGGGCGCCCAUUUCCUGUCCCGAAUCAGAUGGACGCCUCAAGGGCACGCAACGGAUGCACCAAUGACCGCCCAUUUAACACCCAUUGGACGCCCAUUUUGGAGACACAGAGACACGAAAUGGAUGGUCUUUGGGCAUAUUUCAGAUUUCGUCAGCACUUACAUGCCGCUCAUUCGACGCCUAUUGGACAUCCAUUGGACAUCCAUCUGAUGCCCGUUAGGCAUCCAUUCAACGCCCGCGCGAUUCCUAUGGCCGGUAUUCAUAGUCGAUUCUUAUAUUCAAAA